UUGGGGUUGUAACGUUUUUGUUGGAGCUCGUUUUUCGUGUGCUUGUCGUUUGUUGAAAAAAUGUGUAUUGUCCAACAUUAUGUUGACUCGAAAGGUGUUUCCCACUAUGGUUUUGAAGCAUGGUUAAAGUGGGUUGGUGAUGGUUGCCCCCCGAAUCCCGGCAAAGAAGAAGUAACCAAAAAGGCUAGACAGUCGGGGCAGUUUGUGAAAACAACAAAGCAAGGCAACAGUUCUCAGGAUUUAUCCUCUUGGAGGUCCAUGGGUGAAGGAUACUAUCCUGACAGAAAGAGCCAAGAAACCAUGGACGCUGAGGAAUUGCAGCAACGAAGAAGCUUGAAUAAGACAAACGCGGAGAGGCCUGGUGCCGCUGCUGCCUCCUCUUAAUUAGGAGAGAAGAUCAAGUGUACUCAGGUUGAGACUGGAAAAAAACUUAGAAAAAAUUACAAUUUCGUGUGUUGACUGUAUAUUUUGCUAAAAUUUAUCGUUUCUUUAAUAUAAAAGUAUAGACACCAAUUGUUUCUGUCUAUUACAGAAU